AUGGAAAACAAAUCUUUCAUUUUGGAGUUUAUGGCAGUCUAUCGUUCGUUGUGGAAGAAGUAUCCUGAAGCUAAAGAUGUUUCUCAAAAAAUUAAUACCUUGCGAACAAAUUAUAGGAGGGAGUUAAAACGAAUUUCGGGAUUGGAGAAUGGACUCGAAGUCGAAGCAGAAGCGCCAAGAAAACGAAAAAAGUCAAAUCUAAGUGACGAAUUAAUAAUUCUAGCAGCCAAGCGAUUGUCAGAGCCAAAGAAUGAAUUUCGAGCAGUUGCAGAUAAAUGGGCAUUAAAACUUAAAAAAUUGGAAGAAACGCAACGAAUGUUUGCAGAAAAAUUCAUCAACGACAUAUUAUUUAAAGCUCAAAUGGGUGGAUUGCACAGAAAUUCAAUGCAUCUAAGUGUCGUUAGCAGGACAAGCACGCCUGUGUCAAGCGCAAGAUUUUUUCAAAUUUCAAAAAAUCGUUUCCAUCUCUGCAUAAUCCAUCAGUAUCCGAUUUUUUAAAUGAUAGUAUAUCUGCUCAAAAUUCCUCAUCAACCUCAAGUAAAAUUCGAAAUUUUAUAAUAAAUGAACCAAGAGUAUCUUCACCAAAUAUUAAUGAUUUAUCAUAUCAAUCAACAUCAGCGCAAACACAGGUGAUUUCUCCCGAUCAUACCAGCACCCUAAUAUAUUCGGAUAAA